GCUCCGAGGGGAGGCCGGGCACCGCCCACCUGCUGCCUGCCUCCUCACGAUCACAGGUGUGCGUGUCCAGGUGGGGCAGGUGCAGCCAGACCGCACUGAGUCCUCGUCCCAGGCCCCCGCCCUGGGCUCCUGAGACCCCCCAGCCUUGGCAGUCGCGGGGUCUUUCAUUCGCUAAUAAAGUGGUGGCUGGGCCUGUGCACAGGCUCAGGGCGGGGCCUGGUCCCCUGAAGCGGAGGCAGGAACCCAGGCUAGGAACUGUGGGCCUCCCCACCUGUCCCCCUAACCUCCGGGGAGCGCAGAGGAGCUGCUGAUGGGGCAUCACCAACGACCGAUGAUUAAUCAGCUGUGCUCGGGCCUCCAGGACCCAGCCCGCGGCCCGCAGGUGCCACCGACCAUGGCCGCGAGGUGGCCUCCCAGCUCCCGGCCCCUGCUGGGGGUCUGCACCCUCGUCUGCCUGGCCACCGCUGCCUUCCUGGGCCACGUCCUGCUCCGUGACUCCUUGGUGGCUCCCCAAGAGCAACGGCGCUUCUCCCAAGGGCCCGAGCAGCUUUAUCAUGCUCACCAGCAAGGAGCCCGUAACCCAGGCCCCCAGCCCAGCCCAGGGCACCCCGGCAGGCCCCGAGCGGCACCCACACAGUGUGAUGUGCCCCCCAACAGCCGCUUCGACUGUGCCCCGGACAAGGCCAUCACCCAGCAGCAGUGUGAGGCACGGGGCUGCUGCUACAGGCCCGCGACGCCCUGGCCCCAGCUCCCCCGGAUGGGACAGCCCUGGUGCUUCUUCCCACCCAGCUACCCAAGUUACAAGCUGGAGAACCUGACCACCACGGAGACGGGCUACACGGCCGCUCUGACCCGUAGCACCCCAACCUUCUUCCCCAAGGACAUUCUGGCCUUACGGUUGGACGUGCUGCUGGAGACGGAGAGCCGGCUCCACUUCACGAUCAAAGAUCCCACCAACAGGCGCUAUGAGGUGCCCCUGGAGACCCCGCGGGCCCACGGCCGCGCCUUGGCCACACUCUACAGCGUGGAGUUCCAGGAGGAGCCCUUCGGGGUGGUCGUGCGCCGGAAGCUGGACGGCCGGGUGCUGCUGAACACGACGGUGGCCCCCCUGUUCUUCGCCGACCAGUUUCUGCAGCUGUCCACCUCCCUGCCGUCCCAGUACAUCGCUGGCCUUGCCGAGCAUCUCGGCUCCCUGAUGCUCAGCACCAACUGGACCAGGGUCACCCUCUGGAACCGGGACAUCGCCCCCUCGCCCAACGUGAACCUGUAUGGGUCCCACCCUUUCUACCUGGCGUUGGAGGAUGGCGGGUCAGCUCAUGGGGUCUUCCUGCUGAACAGCAAUGCCAUGGACGUGGUCCUGCAGCCGAGCCCGGCCCUCAGCUGGAGGUCGACAGGCGGGAUCCUGGACGUGUACGUCUUCCUGGGCCCGGAGCCCAAGAGCGUGGUACAGCAGUACCUGGAAGUCGUGGGCUCCCCGUUCAUGCCACCCUACUGGGGCCUGGGCUUCCACCUGUGCCGCUGGGGAUACUCGUCCACAGCCAUCACCCGCCAGGUGGUAGAGAACAUGACCCGGGCCCACUUCCCCCUGGACACGCAGUGGAACGACCUGGAUUACAUGGACGCCAGGAGGGACUUCACUUUCAACAAAGACGGCUUCAGGGACUUCCCGGCCAUGGUGCAGGAGCUCCACCGGGGCGGCCGGCGGUACGUGAUGAUCGUGGACCCGGCCAUCAGCAGCUCCAGCCCCCCUGGCAGCUACCGACCCUAUGACGAGGGUCUGCGGAGAAAGGUUUUCAUCACCAAUGAGACGGGGCAGCCGCUGAUUGGGAAGGUGUGGCCCGGGUUCACUGUCUUCCCCGACUUCACCAGCCCCACGGCCCUGGACUGGUGGCAGGACAUGGUGUCUGAGUUCCAUGCCCAGGUGCCCUUCGACGGCAUGUGGAUUGACAUGAACGAGCCAUCCAACUUCGUGAGGGGCUCGGUGUAUGGCUGCCCCGACAAUGACCUGGAGAACCCGCCCUACGUGCCCGGGGUGGUUGGCGGGACCCUGCGGGCAGCCACCAUCUGUGCCUCCAGCCGCCAGCUGCUCUCCACGCACUACAACCUGCACAACCUGUACGGCCUGACGGAAGCCAUCGCCUCCCACAGGGCCCUCGUGAAGGCUCGGGGGACGCGCCCCUUUGUGAUCUCCCGCUCAACCUUCGCUGGCCACGGCCAGUAUGCCGGCCACUGGACAGGGGACGUGUGGAGCAGCUGGGAGCAGCUCUCGUACUCUGUACCAGAAAUCCUGCUGUUCAACCUGCUGGGGGUGCCGCUGGUCGGGGCCGACGUCUGUGGCUUCCUGGGCAACACGUCAGAGGAGCUGUGCGUGCGCUGGACCCAGCUGGGGGCCUUCUAUCCGUUCAUGCGGAACCACAACGACCUCAACAGCCUGCCCCAGGAGCCCUACAGGUUCAGCGCGACGGCGCAGGAAGCCAUGAGGAAGGCGCUCGCCCUGCGCUACUCGCUGCUGCCCCACCUCUACACGCUCUUCCACCGGGCACACGUGGGGGGCGAGACCGUGGCCCGGCCCCUCUUCCUCGAGUUCCCUGAAGACCCCCACACCUGGACCGUGGACCGCCAGCUCCUGUGGGGGGAGGCUCUGCUCAUCACCCCCGUGCUCGAGGCCGGGAAGGUCGAAGUGACUGGCUACUUCCCCGCUGGCACAUGGUACGACCUGCAGACGGUGCCCGUAGGGGCCUUCGGCAGCCUCCCGCCCCCACCUCCAGCUCCGCUCAUGUCCACCAUCCACAGCAAGGGGCAGUGGGUGACGCUGCCAGCCCCGCUGGACACCAUCAACGUCCACCUCCGGGCUGGGCACAUCAUCCCCCUGCAGGGCCCUGGCCUCACGACCACAGAGUCCCGAAAGCAGCCCAUGGCCCUGGUCGCAGCCCUGGGCACAAACGGGGAAGCCCGAGGGGAGCUGUUCUGGGACGACGGGGAGAGCCUCGGGGUGCUGGAGCGCGGGGCCUACACGGAGGUGGUCUUCCUGGCCAGGAACGACACCAUCGUGAACGAGCUGGUACGUGUGACUAGCGAGGGUGCCGGCCUGCAGCUGAGGAAGGUGACCGUCCUGGGGGUGGCCGCGGGCCCCAGGCAGGUCCUCUGCAACGGCGUCCCUGUUGCCUUCACCUACAACCCUGACACCAAGACCCUGGACAUCCCCGUGUCACUGACGAUGGGAGAACAGUUUCUCAUCAGCUGGUCUUAACCUGGGGCCGGUGGGGCACUGAUCCCUUACGGAGCGAGAUGGGCUUCGCCGUGGCCUCAGCACCUGCGCGUUCUUGGUCAGGACGUGGGGGGGCCUCGGGGUCAGGAGCACUUGCCCCUCCAAGCCGUCUCCUGCCGCCGACCUCCCUCCAAUACCCAGAUCUGCGUGCGCGUCUACCUCCUGGGACCUGGGGCUCUGGGGCUCUAGGGCUCUGGGCCAGCAACGUGCCUGACAGGUUUUCUGCACAGACCCGACGGCAGCGCCCCUGGGGUUGCCUGGUGUGUGCAGUGUUGUUCUGGAAGGUUUACCUCUCCGAAGCCCGUCACUGGAACAUGCGUGAUGUCGUCCGCCACCAGCUGCCUGUCCGUGAUGGCAGACGUGUGCUUGGGAUGAGGCUGUCGUACCUGCACCCCGAGCUCACGGCAUGGACGGCCAGAUGAAAGCCCGAUGAGAGCCGGCCCGGGAACUCGGGGGGUUCACGGGACACAAGGAAACACUUGAUCUUAAGUGCAAUUAUCUUUAAUAAAAGGGACAUUGCAAGCAAGCUGCUGGUCCUUCUGGAGGUGCCCAAGGGCCAUGGGACGCUGCCACCCCACCCUCCCCGGGCCCCUGGACGCCGGGGUGGGGCACGCAAGUGGUGCCGUGAGCUCUGACGGCAGCACGCCCCCACGCCACCUUCCAGCGCGCCUCACCCUUCUCUCCGGGACUGGAGAACGUCCCAUGGGCCUGGGGUCCGAGGCAUGGGGUAGGAGGUGUGCCCCCACGCCCCAUCCCAGUCAGCACGGGGCUAACACUCAGCCUGAUUUCUCUGAGAUGCACCCACGCUGUGCGUCCCCGCUUCACUGCUGAACACGCCCCAUCGUGUGGAUGUGCCGGUUUGCUCAGUGGGCCUUAGGGCUGGUUUCGAUUUCCCACUAGUUUGAAUAAAGCUGCGUUGAGCAAUCAUG